AUGGUUACUCACGUCCGACCUGUAUGCAAACAUUUUCGAGGAGUUGGGAAGUUGAGGUGUAGGGCGUGUAGCGGAGCUGAAGACCACAUAUCGUUCCUGGACAUGGCAUCGAGUGGCAGCAUCGGAAGGUCGACCACAGUGGAUGUUGUCCUACUGCCCGGCCUGAAGAGCUGUCUGCUCAACUUGCCGGCUUCACUGGUGUCGCUCCUCCUGAACUCCAACAUCGUCGCGCAGAAUGUGGUGGUCGAAGUACAAUGGCGACAAUCUGCGCCAUCGAGCCAAGAGCAGCAGAGGGGGAAGCCCGCGGCAACGACUCAGAGCGCGUACCUGGGAUGGACGGGCAUGCAAUCGCAGUCCAAGGUCGCGCCCUUGGUAGGAAGAGAUGCUGUGCGGAGCGGAGGCAGACAAGAGCAGGAUGUACCAACAAUAGAGAUCGAUGCUACGUUCGCCAGGCGGCUGGGCUUGAGCGAGGGCGUGAAGGCAAAUGUUUCGCUUCAUGUAGACCCGCCCCAAGCACAUACCGUGAACAUUGAGCCUCUCACUGCAACGGAUUGGGAGAUAAUCGAGCUUCACUCGUCCUUCCUAGAGAUGAACUUUCUGUCCCAAGUUCGCGCCCUUCCAAACCCAGUCGCCGGCCAAAGCCACCCGCUUACGCUCCAUCUGACUCCUACCUCGACCGCCAACAUAACAGUCACCUCCCUCACACCAGCAGUAGCCAACACACAGUCUUUCGUGAAGAUAGCGCCAGACGCGGAGGUUAUUGUGGCACCGAAGACGAGGGAACGAGCAAGGCAGAGCAGUUCACGGGACAACCGAAGCACAGCCAGUGCUGGUGCAAGAAGUGCAGGUGGCAGGAGCACUAAAAGUCACGUGCGGCAUAGAAGCACACAUGAGAGUGAGAAGGCGAGACCUCCCUUGUUCCUGCGGGGUGUCACGCGGGCACUGCAGAACGAGUGGUUUGAAGACGGUGGAGAUGAUCUCAAAGACGAAGGCUUACGGGUCUGGCUUGAUCGCGAACACUUGCUUUCGAAGACCUUGCGAGGCGUGACGUGGGUCGCCGUUACAGUGGUCAAGCCAGCAGGUCUGCAAGAGCCUGUUGAUCCACAAAGCCAGCCUUCACCAGACCAACUGCCAGCAUCGGAGGUGGUCGCAAAGCUGUGCACCUGGGACGAUGCGCCAGACAGCAGACAUGUGGCACUCUCUUCUAUGCUAUGCGGUGCACUGGGCGCGGAAGGUAUUGUUGGAGGCAUUGUUCGUAUCGACCCUGCGCCUGCACCACUACCGAGAACAGCUUCGGCCAUGAAGGACCCGUCCUCGCAAGCCAGCAAAGAAGCUAUCGUGAAACGGUUGAAGGUCACACCAUAUUCCCCUUCACAAGCAGACAAGAAAUCGACUGGCAUCAGAUUCGGAGGCAAGUCGAAAGGCGAUGGAGAAGAUGCUGUACAGCUCUUCGAAAAUAUCUUUGGUAAGGGUCUCCUGGAAGGUCCGCUGACUGAUGGCAUGCUCCUUCCAGCGCAAGACAGCUGGCCGGGGGGUAUAGUCGACUUUGAUCCUGCGCCGCCAGGAGAUCCGGCCAAGGCUAGGACAAACUGGUUUAUAGGAGGCGAGAGAAAGCUCGAGAUCUCCGUGCAGGAGCAGACGGUGAGGCCGAACACGCCUCAGUGGCCGCCUGGAGAAAGGCUACCAGAGAGUAUACCCGAGAUGGUCGGCAUUGAUAUCACAAUUGAACAGACACGGAAAAGUCUGCUUCAUGCUUCGUCGGUGCUACUGACGGGUGGUCUUGGAUCUGGAAAGACAUCUCUCACGCACUUGCUCGCUCACCAGCUUCGAAGCGAGUAUCUCUACAACAUCAUCUACUUUCCCUGCCGAACAUUGGCGACGGAUGAAACACGGGUCAAGACCAUAAAGGACACACUACAACGGGUCUUUGCUUCUGCCUCUUGGGGCGCACGGUUUGGUGGCCGGUCACUCGUGAUCCUGGACGAUCUUGACAAGCUCUGCCCUACAGAGACUGAGCUGGAGCAAGGAUCAAAUGGCAAGAGCAGGCAAGUCAGUGAGCUACUAGGGCCUAUUGUACGAGAGUGGUGUGGGCGUGAACAUGGCGUAGUCAUGCUCGCUACGGCACAAAGUAAGGAGUCCGUCAACAACAUUGUGAUUGGUGGUCACGUUGUGAGAGACAUUAUUGCCCUCAAGGCGCCCAGCAAAGAUGGACGACGCAGGGUAUUGGAGCUGCUGGUCAAGCAAGCUCAGAAGAAGCCUGGCAACAACACCGAAGCUGGAGGUGUGCUGAGAAACGGCAGUGCUGCAAAUGAGUGGAUGGACGGCUCCGACGGCGAUCACACAAGACCCAAUUCUGCUGGAGGUGCUGAUCAUGAGGGCGUCGACAUCGACUCCAAUCUUGACCUUCUAGAGAUUGCCGGCCAGACUGAUGGAUAUAUGCCUGGUGACCUGGCACUGCUAGUUUCACGAGCACGCAGCGAGGCCUUGAUUCGUGCUGUAUCGAGCGACAACGAGUCUGACGACAUUACCUUGGCUGCAGACGACUUUACAGCCGCGCUCAAGGGCUUCACUCCUGCAUCGCUUCGAGGUGUAACGCUGCAGUCGUCAACCACUACUUUUGCAGCUAUUGGUGGGCUGAAGGAGACUCGCCAGACUCUUCUGGAGACAUUACAGUAUCCGACUACAUACGCGCCUCUCUUCGCAAAGUGUCCACUGCGGCUGCGAUCCGGGUUGCUGUUGUAUGGGUAUCCCGGAUGCGGCAAGACUCUUCUUGCGUCUGCCGUAGCAGGGGAGUGUGGGCUCAACUUCAUAUCGGUCAAAGGGCCUGAGAUCUUGAACAAGUACAUUGGUGCUUCUGAAAAGUCUGUUCGCGAUCUCUUCGAGCGUGCUGAAGCUGCGAAGCCGUGUGUGCUGUUCUUCGACGAGUUCGACUCGAUCGCGCCGAAACGUGGCCAUGACAGUACCGGUGUCACAGAUCGUGUCGUCAACAUGCUCUUGACCAUGAUGGAUGGUGCCGAGGGCCUGAGUGGCGUGUACGUCCUCGCUGCCACAUCACGGCCAGACCUCAUCGAUCCUGCCCUGCUUCGACCAGGACGUCUGGACAAGUCCUUGAUCUGCGACAUGCCCAAUGAAGAAGACCGCCUCGACAUCCUCCAAGCCAUCAGCAAGAAGCUCCACCUCGAGUCAAGCUUGAUGAAUGACUCCAACACCGGACCACAAUCUGCUCUCGAGGUAGCCCGCAGGACCGACGGAUACUCCGGAGCAGACCUCCAAGCAGUAAUGUACAACGCCCAUCUCGAAGCCAUUCAUGACGUCCUUGGACCUUCAGCAGACUCAGCAGGGCAAGAACUCUGCAAAAAGCAAAAGGACGGCAGAGGACGCGGUAGCAGCGGCAGCAAAGCCCACGACUUCACUUACUUCCGCGUUGGCGAGGUCGGCAAAGACAAAUCUGCAGCGGAAGCCACCGCUCAAGCCGCAGCCCAGAACGCAGCGACCCGAGCUGAGAUCGCAGCGAAGCUUUCUGCUCUCCAGCUCGCACGACGCAAGGCUAAAGCUGAACGUCACGCCGCACGGGGAAGGCCUGUGUCCGCUCAGGUGAAUGGGAAUAGGCCGGGCUCUGGCGGGCAGGCGGAAAGUGCUGAGCCGAUCAUUAGUUGGAAGCAUUUGCAGAAGAGUCUGCAGGAGACGAGGAGUUCUAUAAGUGCGCAGGAGAGGGGACGGUUGCGUAGAAUAUAUAGGGAGUUCGUGGUGGGGAGGAACGGAGAUAUGCACGAUGGACAGGGUGGGACGGAGAUUGGAGGGAGGACGAGUUUGAUGUGA